UUUAUCAGACAAGGUAUGAACUCUAAAGAUGCGUCUAAUAAGCACAGCCACUUGCACAGGGAAGAUAAGCACAUCACCAUUGAGGAUUUAUGGAAACGCUGGAAAACAUCCGAGGUUCACAAUUGGACACAAGAAGAGACGCUUCAGUGGUUGGUGGAAUUUGUCGAACUUCCUCAGUACGAGAAGAAUUUCAGAGAAAAUAAUGUCAAAGGAACAACAUUGCCAAGGAUAGCAGUAAAUGAACCUGCGUUUAUGAUGUAUCAGUUGAAAAUUAUUGAUUGGAGCCACAGGCAGAAGCUUCACCUGAAGGCCUUGGAUGUGGUUUUAUUUGGACCUCUUACACGCCCACCCCACAAUUGGAUGAAAGAUUUUGUACUCACAAUCUCCAUCAUGAUUGGUAUCGGAGGUUGCUGGUUUGCCUAUGCACAGAACAAGACUUCAAAAGAGCACGUUACCAAAAUGAUGAAAGACUUGGAAAGCCUUCAGACCGCCGAGCAGAGUCUUUGUGAAUUGCAAGAAAGGCUUGAAAAGGCACAGGAAGAGAAUCGCAAUGUUGCCGUAGAAAAGCAGAACUUAGAACGCAAGAUGAUGGAUGAAAUCAGCGAUGCCAAACGAGAAGCCUGCCGGCUCAAAGAGUUGAGGGAAGGAGCUGAAUGUGAACUCAGCAGGCUUAAAUACGCAGAAGAGGAACUGGUGCAGGUCCGUAUGGCCUUAAAAAAGGCCGAGAAGGAGUUCGAAUUGCGAAGCAAUUGGUCUGUUCCAGAUGCGCUGCAGAAAUGGCUUCAGCUCACGCAUGAAGUGGAAGUCCAGUACUACAACAUCAAGAGACAAAACGCGGAGAUGCAGCUGGCCAUCGCCAAGGAAGAGGGUCUGCUGUGAAAACCAGCACCUUAGCGCGGAGUAGCAGCGUGUAUCGCUCCAGGCGAAAUGUGGUGCCGUCAUCGCCUCAGUUGCAACAUACAGCACAAACGCCCCACGCUGCGCACACGCAGGCGACUCUGCACUCUGCGGACCCUGACCUCCUCUCCGUGUCCAGUUGCCCUGCUGCUUACCGUACCGAAGAAGAGGAGGAAGCAAUUUACUUCACCGCUGACAAGCAGUGGGAAGUCCAGGAUACCGUUUCCGAGUGCGACUCCUUCAAUUCUUCCGUGGGAAGGAAGCAGUCUCCCCCUUCGAGCCUCAAAAUAUAUCAACCCCUGUCACCUCAAAAGACAUCCCAGGAGGAUGUGUCCUUAGAACAAUCCUCUACCGGAGACUCUUCCUCCCUCACCGCCGAUAUCUCCAGGGAUUCUCCGGACUGCGUGGGGCUGACGGAAACGAAAAGUAUGAUUUUCAGUCCCGCGAGCAAAGUGUAUAACGGCAUCCUGGAGAAGUCCUGCAGCAUGAACCAGCUGUCCAGCAGCGGCGGCAGCAGCAGCGUUCCGCUCCCCAAACCUCGUCACACCUCAUGUUCCUCCACCAGCAGCGAAAGCCGAGCCGGGCACGAACCUUCUCCCGCCUCCCGGAUGAGUAGCGUUUCACAAGACCUUUAUCACAACGGAGAGCGGAACAAAAAACCGUCCAAAAUCAAGAGCCUUUUCAAGAAGAAAUCCAAGUAAGGCUGCUUGGAAGAGAGAGGGGAAGACUCUCUCCCUUUUCAACCACACGGCAUUCUUUUUGACUCUGCGGUCAUUAUCCUUAUUGUUAUUAUUUAAAUUAAGAAUGUAGUUGUCAAGACUUUUCUAAGCCACAGCGAGAAAUUCUCUUAGGUCAAACUCUUCUUUUUCUUCUGUGUUAAAAGUUCAGCGUUCAUCGAGCUGUCAGUGAGAAAUUUUUUCAAUUUCAAGACAGUUUUACUACUUAACGGUCAUUUGUCUAUUUAUUUCUGCUUUUUU